GACUGUGACAACUUUUGUUGUCGUAAACAUUUUGACGGUUACUUGUUAUUGUAAUUCAGUCUUUGGCUGACGAAGUAACUAUUGGAAUAGUGGCGUUGUAUUUGCAUUUGAUUGUGUAUAAUAUUUUAGUACAUGUAUUGCUUCUAGUGACUUUAGCCUGGAGCACAAAAAGUAUAUGGUACUAUAGAAGCAGGGUGUGGUGCUUGAAUUCGUGAAAAUUGACACUGCUGCGAUGAACAGCAAAUUAAGUUCAAGGUUUCUUUAAAGUUGGAGACCGAAAAUCUGCUAAUGGAACUGAAGAAGAACGCAAACAGCAAAAGGGAGGUGCCUCAAAGGAAUGCAACAGGAGAACUGAUCCUAGCUGUGAAGCGUGGGAGGGUGAAGUACGUGCAAGAACUGUUGGCAGCUGGAGCAAAGAUCACAGUGCGGGACAGGAAGGGGAACACAGCCCUGCACUGGGCGGCACAACAGGGAAAUGAGGAGAGUGCCAGGUAUCUGCUGCAAGCCGGGGCCAACAUGGAGGCUGUCGACAGCUGGUGGCGGCAGACGCCAUUGCACAGGGCUGCAGAGUGGGGCCACGAGGCAGUGGCGAAGAUGUUGCUGAUUGCCGGUGCUGACCCCGACAUCUGCGACGGGGAUGGGAGGACGUCACUACACUUGGCGGCUUUAGGUGGCCACGUGGGGAUGGUGACAGUGCUGCUGGCAGCGAGUGCGGACCGUGGCAUCAAGGACUCUGGAGGGAGGAUGCCUGUAGACAUGGUCAGGGAGAAGGACAGGGAGCAGCUGUUGCCCCUACUCAGAUGUUGCGGUAUUGGCUUGAAUGCACCCACAAGUGAACUUCUGGAGAAGAAAAUCCAGUGGUAGGCGCUGGAGUACUUCUGCCUCAGCAUCCUGUGUUCCUCAAGCUGCCCUAUGCCAGACAAGCCGGAUCCACGUGCAACACCUGCAGCAACAUUUUUCAGGUGGACAUGACGUCGAAUGAAACUUUCCUAUCACAAUAAAGUUGCCCGGCCGAGUGUAUCUGGGCCAGCCCAGCUGAGAUUACUUGCACUGUGGAUGAGCUUCUCAUCAGCUGGAUUGAGGCCUGUCCUGUGCUGAUAUCAGUACAGGCUUCUGAUGUGAUCACCAACAGCAUCGCGCCAUGCCUCCGCUUCAGUUUGGACUCCAGCCAGAGCACUGAAGGGGCCUCGGUGCCAGUUGCCUCCUCAAAGUGCACCAUCUAUAAGAUGUACCAUAGAUAUGCUAUUUCCUGCCAGCCUCGUACUCUCAGUUGUGGAACGACAUUCAUUCCUGUGGAGGUGCUCCACACCAGUGGGGCCCUAACCCUCCAUUGUCUCAGGUGGUCACAGGUCACACCAGGUCUGGGUCACCACUGUCAGUACAAGUACUGGCUGCUAGUCCACACCAGCUGAGGUGACACUACCCACUCAGCAAGUCUGCUCCGACCAGCUGCCACCACCACCACUACCGACAUCGCAUUCUGCUCCCAACGUGGCCGGCAUUGCAGUCUACCACUAGUGGUUCUGGACUGCAGCCACUCUCAGGCUCCGAUGUAUAGAAUGUGUAGUCAAGAAAGCUGUUUAUGGUCUGAGAGCAUUCUCUGGUCUUGCUGUCGCCAUAGACCCAUCUUUACUCUCUCUCCAAGAUCACCUGCGUUCAACAUCCUGAUGGUCAGGUGGCCUUCCUGCUGUCACUGUAUGACUACGUAGUGGUCAGCAACCCAGGCAUUCUGGCAUCAGAAAUUCUGCUGGAAACCGGUGAGCAACAUCGUACGGCAUCAAUCUAUGAUGACACUUCGUCCAGUGAGUAGCAGCGUGUGUGUUUUAUGAAUGCAUGUGGUUCUUGUAUCCUUUGUUCCUCAAGUUUGUCCUCAUUCCUGUUUCUUAUUAUUUCUGGCAUAGUUUCUGGUUGCAUCGGCGACCCAGAUGGGGGCUAACAGUUGCAGUUCUCAUGCAGUCCCUUCUCUCUGAACUGGAGUCCUUCCCUUUACCACCUCUACUUGUGAACCGUUCACGUACGCCUCCAUGGUGUACGCCUUGGCUGCAAUUUCGUCUGGACCUUUUGCACGCCCUAAGGACUCUGUUAACCCCACUGCUCUCCGCUGUCACUUCCUCUCAAUUCUUUACAUGUUCCAGGGCUCUGAAGUGGUUCACACUGACGGCGCAAUGGCUGAUGGUCACGUAGGCUUCACAUAUUUUCAUGGAGGACUUACUGAGCAGCACUCCUUGCCAGUUGGCUGCAGUGUUUCCACUGCAGAGCUGGCAGCCAAAUCUCAUGCUCUUGAGUACAUCCGCGAGUCAUUUCUCCUGUGUACUGACUCAUUGAGCAGCCUACAAGCUAUCGACCAUUGCUACCCUCGCCGCCCUCUGGUAGUGUCCAUUCCAUGGUGUUUGUGUGGACCCCAGGACACGUUGGAAUCCCUGGCAACGAACUUGCCAACAGGCUGGCCAAACAGGCGAUGCAGAAACUACUUCUAGAGAUAGGCAUCUCCGAAGCUGAUGUGCAUUCUGUCUUACACCACAGGGUUUUCUGGUUUUGGGAGAUGGAAUGGCGUAACAGUACGCACAACAAAGUGCAUGCCAUUAAGGAGACUGUGAAUGUGUGGGAGUCUUUCAUGCAGGCCUCUUGCAGGGGAUCAGUUGUCCUCUGCCAGCUCCACGUUGGCCAUACGUGGCUAACCCAUGGUUACCUACUCUGUCGCGAGGACCCACCUCAGUGUUGCUGUAGCUCCCAAAUGACAUUCGUCCACCUCUUGCUUGACUGCCCACUUUUAGCCACUCUGCGGCAGACUUUUAACUUUCCCAGCACCACGCCUUUGGUGUUGGGUAACAAUGCCUCCACAGCAGCUUCAGUUUUCCGUUUUAUCCAUGAGAGUGGGUUUUAUACCUCUAUGUAGGUUUUAGUGCAUGUCAUUUGUCCUCUGUGUCCUCCAGCCUAGUGCUUUCAGGGUGAAAGUUUUAAUGUGUUACGGAGUGGCUGGCUUUCCUUUUUUAUUCUCGUGGUUGGCCAGCCAUUGUAAUCUGCUUUCAUGUUUUACUCUCUUCUGUGUCUAGUGUCUCUGUGUUGUUUUGUUGUCCUCUUUUGUUCCUUUUAGUGUUUAUUGCCUUCCCUUCAUUCUUGUGGCUUUUCCUUUCUUUCUGUUUUGUGUUAUAUGUCUUGUCCAUUUUAUUUUCACACUUGUGACAUUGUUUUAUUAGGAACAAGGGACCGAUGACCUCGUAGUUUGGUCUCUUCUCCCGCCUCUAAACCAACCAACCCAAAAUUAUUGUUAUGGAUAAUGGUCCACAGUUUACUUCAACCAAGUUUAAGCAAUUCGUUACUGCAAAUGGGAGAUUGCCCUCAUCCACACCGCCCCAUCUCACCCUGCGUCAGACUGCCAGGCAGAACAUUUUGUUUGGACCUUCAAGAUCCAGUGGGAUAAGCUGCUUUGUCAUCGCCCACUGGAGGAGACCGUGCUACUUUUUUUGGCCACAUAGUGCUCCACCGUGCAUGCCAGUAAAAGUCCACCAGAGAUACUUCACGGUCGACCAUUUUGCUCUCCCUUAUCUGCCCUUGUCCCCUAGACUCCUCAUCCUCCAACCCACACUCCAGCGCUUUCCUUCCAGGUUGGGCAGGAGGUCUGGGCACAGAUCUUCUAUCAUCCACAGGUGCACUUGGCACCUGCCAUUGUCAUCAAACUCUGCAGCUGGACGAUGGCAUCUCUCUGGUGGGUCGAUGGUCCCACCACCUGCCAGCACCUCAACCAGCUCUGCUCCCAUCUGGUUGACCAUGACACCCCUGGGGAGCUGUGAGAUUCCAGUGCCUGUCGAUGGCCGCCCUGUAACGGAACUUCCGCUUCUGCCUCAGCCUCUGCCUCCACUGCCAGCUGCCCCUGCUGCGGUGCCCUCCAGCCCCUGACAGCCACAAACCUACGGACGUCGACCACCACAUCCCCACUCCUGUGGACAUUUGUGGUGCUGUGCAUUAUUUUUCCAGAGGGAGAAAUGUCGCAACGGCCCCUUAUCAGUUACGAGGGUCCGCACAACAGACAAGCAAGGUAGGCUGCCGACCUUCCUUCAAGAGCUCAUAUCAAAACAUCACCAGUGAAUGUGAACAUCAACAGACCUUCUGCAUAAACACAGCACUACUUCAUGAAAAGCCAUGUGUCAGAGAUCCACCUAUUGGAACUAAUGUGACUAAGUGUAGCACUCUGCAGAAUUAGUGUUAUGAGUAUACCAGCAGAGUCAGAUCGGCAGAGUUUACCUACAAUUGGGACAGCUCCGGCCAAUACCUACACCGGCUCUAGCCUGGUAGUCACUCACCGUAGUCUUCUGUAGAAAUUUGUAUCUUGUUAGGCAUAAUGCCGCUUUGGAACAGUGUAGUGUAGCAUUUUGAUUGUUGUUAUUUCUUUUCAUUGUCUUGUAACUUUUAUCUGGUUUUUGCCACCACAAGAAUUAUUGUGUUUCAUGUUGUUCUUGAGUUUGGAAAUUAAUGUGCAUCAAGAAGGCGAUUUAGUUAAAUAAAGUGUGUUCAAACUUGA